GGCUGUUUAUAUUGAAGGACGCAUGCUUGUUUUGCGUCGGUGCAAGGGAAAGCUUUCCUCAUCUGGUCAGAAUUCUUAAUUUAUGACACUUCGAAGUGAUAUUUUGCCAACUAUGAGAGAAAACUAUGGCAGAAAACGAGCUUGCUGCGUUCAGGGAGCGUUGGAAACAAGAGUUAACGGGUAAAAAAGACGAAAAGCCGCUUCUUGUUAGUGCUUCUACCUCCUCCCGGGAUCUUCCUGGUCAGUCAGGAAGGAAAGACUUGAAAAAUACCAACAAGACCUGUAGUUUUUCAGAUUUAAAAGAAGAUGUUGGUGAAAGAGGAGACAUCGAAGCUGCAGCAGAGACCGAGGAGGACCAGCCUCAGUAUGUGUCCAUUGCACGCAGUUUGCUGGACGGGAGGACCAGUCCUCUGCUGGACAGGAUUCAGGAGGAGAGAACCAGGAGAAAGAGACAUUAUCACAGCAUGACAAAUGUCUGCAGUGCAUCUCUGCAGCAGCAGCAGCCUCAGAGGAAGGUGAAGAAAGAAGAGGAGCUGGUGGAUCAACUGAUUCAGGAUCUGAAUGAAGUCAAUGACAUUCCCUUCUUUGACAUUGAGCUGCCGUACGAGUUGGCCUUGAAGAUUUUCCAGUAUCUCAGCUGCACUGAACUAGGCCGAUGUGCCCAGGUGAGCAAGGCAUGGAGAGUCCUUGCAGAGGACAGCGUUCUGUGGUUCAGGAUGUGCACGAGGGAGGGUUUCCACGAGGACGCCAGCGUGUCCGACUCCCCCUGCUGGAAGAGCACGCUGCGAGACUGCAGGAAUUCAGCCAAGACUGUGAGCUCCAACUGGAAGAACCGUGUUGGAUCCAUCAGCCAGCUGCAGUUCGAGUUGGGGAAGGUGUUGUGCGACGUCAGCUCCUGCGACAGCUUCGUCUUAGCCGGGUACACGUCUGGUGAUGUGAGGCUGUGGGAUACGCUGCACUGGGACUCUGCAGCUUCUUACCUGAAGGCCAACAGUCUGUCUGCUAACACAGAGCCCAGACCACAUGUUAGUCACGUCCAGGUCAACGGCACGGUGGCUGCUGCUGCAUAUGAAGAUGGAUGUGUCGACCUGUGGAGCACAGAAACUGGUGGGCAGCCCAUCCACCACUACCAGAGCCCAGGGAGGAUCCAGGCUUUGGCUCUGAGCCCCGACAGCCCCGUCCUGCUCUCCGCCGCCGGAUCAGACGUUCGGCUGGACCGUGCCGAUGACUGCGGCUACUGGAGGACGGCCUGCCAGGCUCAGCUCCCCAGCACUGUAGACGGUGUGAUUUUGGUACCAGGCAGGGGGCAGCAGUGUCCACUGGCUGCUCUGACAGCAGGUGAGGCUGUUUACCUGUUGGACCCCCGAGAGGAGGAGCCUCGGACCCUCCACUCCGUCUACGGUCAUCCCGUUACCUGCCUGGAUGCCUCUUACUCCCAGGUGGCGUUCGGGGUGAAGCGAACCGGCUGGGCCAUGCAUGACGGAGGCAACAAGAUCCACGUCUACAGCCUGGAGACGAGCAAACCGACCGUUUGUGUGGGAAACUCUCCGGGAGAUUUCACCUGCAUCAACCUGAGAGACGGCCCCCCGCAUCUGUUGGUGUGCGGAAACAAAGACAGAAGGGUCCGGGUGUUUGACCUGAGAACCGGCUCCUCCGUGGCGUCCCUGUACGCCCACCACCUGGGCGUCACCUCGGUGCAGGCGGACGACUGGAAGAUUGUGAGCGGCGGUGGUGAAGGAUUGGUGUGCGUUUGGGAGAUGAGGAUGGGAGCGAAGCUGUGGGAGAUGCACAACAGGCAUCCUGUAAGACAUGUUCGCUUUGACACCAGCACCCUGGUAACAGCCAACAUCCCAGAUGACAAGUCGCCGCGGGGCGCCUGCAUCACAGACGAUGACCUUACAGCUCAUCGCAGACACCGGGGCGUCAUCUGCCAUUACGACUUUUCUGAGGACGCGCUAUCGCAGGACCACAUCCUGCCGAUCUGCAGGUCCGACUACACCGAGUCACACGGCUACAACUACAACAUUGGCCUGGCGGUGCCUUACGACAGGCUGUCCGGCUCCCAUUCAUCCCACUGACGCUGGAAUUUCAAAAACUGCAAAUGGACUCACUGUGUAAGUGAAAGGACAAUAGAAACAUUCAUCAGUUUGAUUCUCCAAACUGUUUCCUUUUUAUCAUCCUAAUUAAAUCAAGGCUUUGGAAGCAUAUAUGUAAGUGUUGCAUAAGUAUUUGUGAUUUAUAGUAAUGAAUUUAAACUUGUAAACCAUUACUGUUAUUCCUUUUUUUAAUUUCUGGAUUCCAUCAAUUGUCGAUGUCAUAUUUACUAAAAAAAGAUUCUUCUUAA